ACAACUGGAUCUUCGGAUUAAUCAAUUUGAAAAGGGCGAGCAUAAACAGGUGCGCGGCUAAAUCAAUGCUCUGUGACCAGAAAUGCUUCGGUUCCGUGGGUGGAGAUCUAAAAACAAACUUUGUCAGUGAAGUCCGUACAGACUAAACGUCAGUUUCUAAAUUUGAAUUCGAAUACAAGAAAUCUUAUAGGUUCAUGGAUUUCAUAAUGUCCAACCGUAAAGGAAAGUGUGCCACGGAAUCUAGUAACAAGCAAAAGCCGGUCAUAACUGCAUCCGACCGAAGUCCGAACAAGGAUCGAGAACGCUCAGCAAGCUUGGCCGUGCUGAAGCUGUCACGGCCUGUAGUGCGUCCCCGUUCCAUGUCGUGUAUCGUAAGUCCGUACAAUCAAUUGAUUUCGCCCAGCAAAACUCUAUUGGCUACAUUUGCCAUCCCCAGCCUCCGGAAGUGUGAAGUCAGUGGAGUGCCAGGAGUUGGAUCAUGCGAGGCCCAAUCUGCGGAAGAUGACGGAAAGACCGUCGGACCGAGCGACGCCAGUGCGGGCGCCGGGCCUGGCGAACCGGAUUACCCAUGGCUGUACGACGACGCGGCCCGCUACAUGGAAUGCCUGGACGAGUUUCAGCGGUUCUCCGACGAGUGGGAAGGGGUGCAGGGCUGGAUCAAGGAACACCUCGUAAAGUUGGUGGAAAAACAAGACCUUCAGAGUGGCAUCCGAGAUGAGACCUCUGCGACACCGGCAACGCUGGCAAACUGUGGUCAGCCUGAAUUGCUACAUCAGGAGGGAAAUACACAGAUUUACAGGAUGCUUGGAAUUGGUGGCGGAUCGGGUGAAAUAGACCUAGCCGUCCUCCGUGCGUUGUUGCCCCAUCAUCCACACGUCUCCACCACGGUGGUCGAGCCAGACCCGUCCCAGAUCACACUGUACCGUCAGCUCAUGGCAGACAGCGAAUUCAGCGGCCAAACCUUCGACUUUCACCAGCAGACGUCUUCGGAGUUCAUCAUGGAGAAUUCAGGUUGCAAUACGACCUUUGACCUGAUUCACAUGAUCCAUGUCCUGUAUCACAUUGAGAAGCAAGAUUUGGAGGCAACUUUCUCGUAUUACUACAACAUCCUGGCUCCAGGAGGAAUGAUGGCCAUCGCUUAUGAAUCAGAUAAAAGCAGCCUUGCCAGGAUUCGCCAAUCGCUCCAGCCGUUCAAACCGGGGAUGCCACCCUACAUGUCCAUCGGUGACGUCGAGGAAGUACUGUCCGCAGUGGCUCCCGCCUACGAGCGGGACAACAUCCCGGGCACCCUCGACGUCACCGCCUGCCUGGAGGAAGAUCCCUCCGCUAGCGGAGAGUGCCUAUGGGACUUCAUCACUCGCGUGGUGAACUUCCGUGCCAAUGCGCCAGAAGAAGUAGUGCGACGAACCACAGACAUGCUACGGGAGUUCUCGUGGCGCGCUGCCGACGACAAUGACAACGGAAGAUUUCUAACCAACGCCGACACGGCCAUUAUUGUCGUGACAAAGCAGAACGGUACACCAUCGGAAUGCAAAUAAAUCGGUUUUAAAACUCUGCAGGAGUUCAAGAUUACAGAAAACGGACGUAGAUCAAAAUUUUGCCCAAUUCCCAGAUGGGCCGGCCGAGUAGACAUAAUACUCGCUACUUCAAAUACAUAGGCGUUUUCAAAACUACGUAUAUAAUAAACAGAGAUUUUUAACUAACACACACAAGCGAAAAGAGUCUCCAAAUUCUUUCAAAUUAUAUACCACAAUACGGGUAUCAAAACUAAGUGGUACAUUUUGUGACGUUCUUGUCUGCUUAGAAAUCGCACACUCUCUUCUACCUCAUCCGUAAAUAGAAGCGCUAUAUAACUAGCUGUAGGAAAAAUAGAAGUACGUGUAUAUAACUUAUAAGACGUUCACAAUUAACAAUGCAUUGACAAAGUUUCUUUUGAAUGAAGCGUUGCUCAAAUAGUCAAAUUUUCUAUUUCAUAGUAUUGUACCAAGUUUACUAUUCUAAUAAAGUUAAGCCUGGCUUAUCAAUAACAC